CCUACGAUAUUGGAUGGAUCUUCACAAUCUUCGCCUUUACCUCUCUCUUUCUUAAAGACCUCUUUCUUCUUUCUUUGAGAAAAACCCAAACCCACCAGUGUUUCCAAAACCAUAACACAGUCUAAAGGAUUAUGGAGGUUGCUGGUGAGGUUUUACCAUCUGGGUCUUCUCAGGAGUUGCAUGUUCUUGCCGUCGACGAUAGUUACGUGGAUCGUAAAGUUAUUGAAAAGUUGCUGAAGAUUUCUUCUUGUAAAGUGACGGCUGUGGAGAGCGGGGCAAGAGCUUUGCAGUGUCUUGGUUUGGAUGGAGAAAAAGGGUCUCUGGGUUUCAAUGGUUUGAAGGUGAAUAUUAUAAUGACUGAUUACUCCAUGCCCGAAAUGACUGGAUAUGAACUCCUCAAGAAAAUCAAGAGAUCAUCAGCAUUCAGAGAAAUUCCAGUGGUGAUCAUGUCCUCUGAGAACAUCCUCACUCGUAUUGAUAGCUGCCUAGAGGAAGGGGCGGAGGAGUAUCUAGUCAAGCCCGUGAAACUGUCGGAUGUAAAACGGUUGAUGAAAGACUGCGUAACGAGAGGUGAAACAGAGGAAAAAGAAGGGAGAAGAGUCGUCAAAAGGAAGUUUGGAGAUGAUAACCAUACCUCAUCACUAUCAUCGUCAUUGUUGUUAUCACCGCUACCAUCCUCUCCAUCGAAUGCUCCCCCAUCUGGUUGUGAUCUAGCAACCUCGGAGCUACUAUUGUCGCCUCUGCAAUCAUCAAAGAGGUCGAAAUUUUGUGCCCGAUACUAGAAUGGAUCAUUAGGUGAAGACAACUUGUGUAAAAUACACUUAGCAUGGGCCUAAUUAGAAGCUGACAAGAACUAAUUAGGACCUGAAAGCAGGGAAAUGAAGAGAUACAACUUUUGUUGAAUGUAGGUAAAUUUG